UUGAUGAUUGCAGCCAAAAUUGGGAUAAUGAUGUCUGAUCCUGUGGGAAAUGUUCACCAUUGCUAUAUGCCCCUUGUAGCAUAUAUCAUUGAUACCCUGGAGGCAUGUAUGCUUGCAUGUGUACACAUGAAAACUUCCCCAUUUAUGAUGGCAUCAUAUCUGGAGUUUGGGGACAAUUUUCAUUACCCAGAAUGUACAUGCCAUAUCACUCUUGAUCAGCUCACUAAGAUACAUGUCAAUCCCAAUGACCUUGAAGGUUAUUUUGAUGGAUGCACCAUAUAUUGUCUAAACAGUGUCCAUGUGCCCUUCUGGCAAGAUUGGCUGUUUGCUUGCCCUUCAGUCUUUCUAACUCCAGAGGCCCUACAUCACUGGCACAAGCAAUUUUUCAAUCAUGACCUUCAGUGGUGCAUUGUGGUUGUUGGAGCUCAGGAACUCAAUUUU